GUAGAUGCACUAAGAUUACGACUAGAAGAGAAAGAAUCUUUUCUCAAUAAAAAAACAAAACAGCUGCAGGACCUUACAGAAGAGAAGGGGACACUGGCUGGAGAGAUUCGUGACAUGAAAGAUAUGUUAGAAGUGAAGGAAAGAAAAAUCAAUGUUCUUCAGAAAAAGAUUGAAAACCUGCAAGAACAACUUAGGGAUAAAGACAAGCAACUGACUAAUCUGAAAGACAGAGUGAAGUCCUUGCAGACGGAUUCCAGCAAUACGGAUACUGCGCUGGCAACAUUAGAGGAGGCUCUGUCAGAGAAGGAGAGAAUAAUUGAGCGCUUAAAAGAACAGAGGGAGAGAGAUGAUCGGGAAAGACUAGAAGAGAUAGAAUCCUUCCGAAAAGAGAACAAAGAUCUGAAAGAGAAGGUCAAUGCUUUACAGGCUGAACUGACUGAGAAAGAGUCUAGUUUAAUUGACCUCAAAGAACACGCAUCUUCAUUAGCCUCUGCAGGGCUGAAAAGGGACUCCAAAUUAAAAUCUCUAGAAAUAGCCAUCGAACAAAAGAAAGAGGAAUGUAGCAAAUUGGAAGCACAGUUAAAAAAGCAGGCUGAGCAGUUGUUCAAUCAGAUGUACAACCCAGCGCAUAAUAUUGAAGAUGACUCCAGGAUGAACCCCGAGUUUGCAGACCGAAUAAAACAGCUUGAUAAAGAGGCCUCUUUCUACCGUGAUGAGUGUGGCAAGGCCCAAGCAGAAGUCGACCGGUUGCUGGAGAUCCUCAAGGAGGUGGAGAACGAAAAGAACGAUAAGGAUAAGAAGAUCGCGGAACUUGAGAGCUUGACUCUAAGGCAUAUGAAGGAUCAGAAUAAGAAGGUGGCCAACCUCAAGCACAAUCAACAGUUGGAAAAGAAGAAGAACGCCCAGUUAUUGGAAGAAGUCCGCAGACGAGAAGAUAGCAUGGCUGACAACUCACAGCAUUUGCAGAUAGAGGAGCUGAUGAAUGCGUUGGAGAAGACCAGACAGGAACUGGAUGCAACCAAAGCACGCCUCGCCUCCACACAGCAGUCCCUGGCUGAGAAAGAAGCGCAUUUGGCCAACCUCCGGAUAGAGAGGAGAAAGCAGUUGGAGGAGAUCCUGGAGAUGAAGGGGGAUGGUGGCAACAAUGAUGAUGAAGCUGGUGAUGAUGGUGAUGACAGUGACGUUGAUGAUGGUGAUGGUUUU